UAUAUUCAUAUAUGUAUGUAUAUGUAGGGGGAGAAAAGGAGAGAAGGUAAGAAAUUUUCUUGAACAGGAAAGAGUACUACGAAAAUAUAUAUUGACACUUAGGUAAAACAAACUAAUCCAAAUUUAUAAAAUGACUGCGAAAAGCAUAUAUUAUAUAGAAAAGUUGAAGUCGCUUAUACGACAGAGUUCAACAGAUGAAACCGUUCAUUUUGUCAAAUAUUCUCAGUUUGAGAAUGAGAAAGAGCUCACAGAAAUAUUUGACGAUAAAAAAAAAUUCGGUAGCAUCACAGACGAAAGCAAUGGCAGUGCAUCGAUGUCCGAUGUAAAAGAUAGUAAACAAACUUUAGGAAGUCCGCACCAAACUCCUGUUAUGGACGCAGUGGAUACUAAAUUAGAAAGAAACCGAAUCACAUCCUGGCAGGCUGGUUGGAAUGUGACAAAUGCUAUUCAGGGAAUGUUCAUAGUUAGUUUUCCCUACACUGUUGUCCAAGGAGGUUACUGGGCUCUCGUGUCUAUGAUUGUUGUGGCCUACAUUUGUUGUCAUACCGGUAAAAUAUUGGUGGAAUGUCUAUAUGAAGUAGAUUCAAAUGGUUAUUUAGUACGUGUCAGACACAGCUACGUGGAAAUUGCUGAAGAAGCCAUGGGAAAAAGAUUCGGUGGUAAGAUCGUCAACGUCGCUCAGCUGAUAGAAUUACUAAUGACUUGCAUUCUGUACGUAUUACUCAGCGGGGAACUGAUUUUGGGAAGUUUCCCUGAGUCGCCUAUCAGUCUCACAUUCUGGAUAAUGAUCGCAACAACUCCGCUACUGAGCUACGCUUUUUUAAAGUCCUUGCGUGGUGUCUCUUGGCUCAGUUUUUGGUGCACCAUGGCUCAUAUGGCAAUUAAUGCAUUUAUUUUAAUUUUUUGCUUUACACGGGCCACCGAAUGGCAGUGGAAAUCAGUCCAGAUUAAAGUUGAUGUUUGGACAUUCCCCAUUUCCAUUGGUAUUGUAGUUUUCAGCUAUACCUCACAGAUAUUUCUACCAACACUAGAAGAAAACAUGGAAGAUCGUUCCCGGUUUCACUGCAUGAUGCAUUGGACUCACAUAGCAGCAGCAUUUUUCAAAGUGUUGUUCUCGUAUAUCUGUUUCUUAACAUGGGGAAAUGGAACGCAGGAAGUGAUCACAAAUAAUUUACCAACUCAGAGCCUAAAGAUUGUCGUCAAUUUAAUUCUUGUAGCAAAAUCCACUCUUUCCUAUCCACUUCCAUACUAUGCAGCCGUGGAGAUGAUUCAGACUACAUAUUUCAACGGAAAACCUUCGACUUAUUUUCCUUCUUGUUUUGACGAGAACUGUCGCCUCAAAAUAUGGGCAGGAUGUCUGAGAAUUGGUCUUGUCCUAGCUACAAUGGCAAUGGCUAUAUUUAUUCCUCAUUUCGCAAUACUUAUGGGUUUGAUCGGUAGCUUCACUGGUACUAUGCUUUCUUUUGUUUGGCCGUGUUUCUUUCAUAUCAGAAUUAAAGGCAAAAUACUUCCAUGGUACACAAAAGUAUUAGAUAUUAGUAUCAUUAUAAUCGGCGUUGUUGUAGGUUCCAUUGGAAUAUAUUAUUCUUUCAGGGCACUUAGUUUAGCUUUCCGUGGUAUACCAACAACACCAUUUCAUGCGAGGGACUUUCACAAAAGUCUAUAAGAUUAGGAUUUUACAUAUGUUAUUGCAGUUCCAAAAUACGUCUGUUUUUUAAAAUGAUAUUUUGGUUUCAAGCAUUUUAACUUUGAAUAUUGAUGUUGCUGUUAUUUAUUGAUAUGUCAUGUUCUUCAAAAGAUGUAUAGAAUAGAGUUUCUAUAUUUUUGUCAAAAUCAAGAGACAGCUCUAUGCAUUUUAUAUCCUGCAAUCCCUCCUCUGAGAUGAAAAUGAAUACUGAACACUCAAUAGUAAUAACAAAUUGUUAAAAAGAAAUUUCAUUAAUUCUAGAUGAUGUUAAAUUAUUGCUUUGGUUUUUUGAAAGAAAAAUUCGGCUUAGAUAUCUUGAAUGCGAUCUUUAAUUAUCAUAUGUAGAUUAUCAGUGGCCUGCAUAGUUUCUAAAUACACUUUCACAUUAAUUAUCAUAUUAAUGUGAAUAUUCAACAAACAUUUAGAAGUUUGUUUGUUUAUUCUUUAUUUAGCUAUAUUCGAGAGCCAUUAUUUCCGCUUAUAUAUUGUACAUAGGCGCUAGUCAUAGGCCCAACUAAUUUCUACUUAGUUGUACGGCACACUCAGCGACUAAAUACCUCGAUUACCAGAUGUGCAUUGUGAAGGUCGUGUACUGUCAUAAAUAAACAGAUGUGUGUAUUCGUGAGUGAGUGCUUGUGUGUUUUACAUAUAUAUAUAUAU